UCAUUAAUGUCAUAGAGAUUAGGAUUUACAACACACAGGAUAAUCAGAUCAGGUCAUAAAAUGGUGGACUGCCACACGAUAUUGGAAAUUGUGGCCUAGCCAAGUUGACACACGUUUUGAGGGGGACACAGUUCAAUCCAUAACAAGUACCAGACAACAACAAUUUUAAUUUUGAGUUAUUACAAUCAUCGCAACACUCUCCGAUUCCUAGAACAAAUAUUAAUAAAAAGAAAAUUAGAAGAAAACUUUGGAAUAGAAGAAGUUAAAACAGCUUUUAUAAGGGUAUAACAUUUUGAAAUACAGUUUGGCAAAUGUUCGUAGGUAUUUGAUCUUUGGUAAGCAAAUUUUGUUCUUUCUCAUUAGUUAUUUCAUCUGUAACAUAAGAGGAAAUUAUUGGGAGAAGAGGGUAGCUAAAAUCACGUAUGGAACUUUUAAAAAAUAAGUAGAGUAGUAUUUACCUUAAGGUGGAAAUGAGGGGUUGUAGUUGGUGAGGAGUACCAUAUGCCAGGUAUUAUUCUAGGCACUUGAAUAGAUGAGUAAACAAAAUAGGUAGAUUUCCCCCUCUUGGAACUUAAUUUCUAGUUGGGGGAGAGAGGAGAGACAGACAGUAAAGUAUAAACGUUAUAAAUAAGUAAAAUAUCUAGAAUAGUCGGAAAGCAGCAAAGAGCAGUAAGAACACCUACUCCACCUUAGAGCCGGUGUUGUGAGGUCUGUGUGAGAAAAAGCUACCAGCUCAGAAGACUGCAGAGGAAUCAUUGUUCUCAGGGGAAGGCUAGAUUUCUGUCUGAGCUAGAAAAUGAAGGGAAUGUUCAGAGAAGAGUUGACUAGUAAUUGAUUGGUCAUGUAUUCCAGAAAGAAUGGUUUCAGAUGUUUGGAGAGCAAGAACAGAACAAAGCAGAGGAUGUGUAAAGCUCUACAGGGAUUAGAGAUGAAGAGUGGCCUGGGGAUAUGAAUGACAUAGCAGUGGAGAUGAUUUUUCAUUGAUUCAACAAGAAAUAUUUAUGGUUAAAGAAUGUAAACAUUGCAACAUUGUUGCCUACUUUGGGAGCUAUCUCAGUCGGGAGAAACUGUGGAUUUGUAUGGAAUACUGUGGUGGUGGAUCACUUCAGGAUAUUUACCAUGUUACUGGACCAUUAUCAGAAUUGCAAAUAGCCUAUGUAUGCAGAGAAACUUUACAGGGUCUUGCGUAUUUACAUACUAAAGGCAAAAUGCAUAGAGAUAUCAAAGGUGCAAAUAUUUUAUUGACAGACCAUGGUGACGUAAAAUUAGCUGACUUUGGUGUGGCUGCAAAAAUAACAGCAACCAUUGCAAAGAGAAAAUCUUUCAUUGGUACCCCUUAUUGGAUGGCCCCAGAAGUUGCAGCAGUGGAAAAGAAUGGUGGCUACAACCAACUCUGUGAUAUCUGGGCGGUAGGAAUAACAGCAAUUGAACUUGGAGAACUGCAACCACCUAUGUUUGAUCUUCAUCCAAUGAGGGCUCUCUUCUUAAUGUCAAAAAGUAAUUUUCAGCCCCCAAAACUAAAGGACAAAACAAAAUGGUCAUCAACAUUCCAUAAUUUUGUCAAAGUAGCGCUAACCAAAAACCCCAAAAAAAGACCAACUGCUGAAAGACUUCUGACUCAUACUUUUGUUGGACAGCCUGGUCUCUCUAGGGCACUAGCGGUUGAACUGUUGGAUAAAGUGAACAAUCCAGACAACCACGCACAUUACAAUGAAGGAGAUGAUGAUGACUUUGAGCCCCAUGCAAUCAUUCGUCAUACCAUUAGAUCUACAAAAAGGAAUGCCAGAGCUGAACGGACAGCUUCAGAAAUAAAUUUUGAUAAAUUACAGUUUGAGCCUCCUCUGAGAAAAGAAACAGAAGCACGGGAUGAAAUGGGAGUGUCAUCAGACCCAAACUUUGUAUUACAGUGGAAUCCUUUUGUUGAUGGUACAAAUACUGGCAAAUCAACCUCAAAACGUGCAGUACCACCUCCACUACCUCCUAAGCCAAGGAUAAACAGUUACCCUGAAGACAGCCUCCCAGAUGAAGAAAAAUCAUCAACCAUAAAAUGUUGCCCUGAUUCAGAGAACAGAGCUCCCCAGCUUCGCAGAAGACAGAGUAGCCCAAGUUGUGGUCCUGCAGUAGAGACUUCCUCUAUUGGUAUGGCUAGCAGUAUCAGCAUCCUUGGAGUGCAUACAGCUAGAUACUGUGACCUGGGAAAUGGUGAUGGUAUUUCAAAACUGAUGAGUGAAAAUACAGAAGGAUCAGCACAAGCACCACAGUUACCACGAAAAAAGGACAAGCGAGACUUCCCUAAAUCUGUCAUCAAUGGCCUACCACCCACCCCAAAAGUACUGAUGGGAGCAUGUUUUUCAAAAGUUUUUGAUGGCUGCCCUUUGAAAAUUAAUUGUGCAACAUCCUGGAUACAUCCUGAUACCAAAGAUCAAUACAUUAUUUUUGGAACUGAAGAUGGUAUUUACACAUUGAAUCUCAAUGAGCUACAUGAGGCAACAAUGGAACAGUUAUUUCCUCGGAAGUGUACUUGGCUAUACGUUAUCAAUAAUACUUUAAUGUCAUUAUCAGAAGGAAAAACCUUUCAACUCUACUCUCAUAAUCUUAUAGCUUUGUUUGAACAAGCCAAAAAACCAGGAUUAGCUGCCCAUAUUCAAACUCAUAGGUUUCCAGACCGCAUACUACCAAGAAAGUUUGCUUUAACAACCAAGAUUCCCGAUACAAAAGGCUGUCACAAAUGUUGCAUAGUCAGAAACCCUUACACAGGACAUAAAUACCUCUGUGGAGCUUUACAGUCUGGAAUUGUUUUACUUCAGUGGUAUGAGCCAAUGCAGAAAUUCAUGUUGAUAAAGCACUUUGAUUUUCCUUUGCCAAGUCCUUUGAAUGUUUUUGAAAUGCUGGUGAUACCAGAACAGGAAUAUCCCAUGGUUUGUGUAGCUAUUAGCAAGGGCACAGAAUCAAAUCAGGUAGUUCAGUUUGAGACAAUCAACUUAAACUCUGCAUCUUCAUGGUUUACAGAAAUUGGUUCAGGCAGCCAACAGUUAGAUUCCAUUCAUGUAACACAGUUGGAGAGAGACACAGUUUUAGUGUGUUUAGACAAAUUUGUAAAAAUUGUAAAUCUACAAGGAAAGCUAAAAUCAAGUAAGAAACUGGCCUCUGAGCUAAGUUUCGAUUUUCGCAUCGAAUCUGUAGUAUGCCUUCAAGACAGUGUGUUGGCCUUCUGGAAACAUGGGAUGCAGGGUAAAAGCUUCAAGUCAGAUGAGGUUACCCAGGAGAUUUCAGACGAAACAAGAGUUUUCCGCUUAUUAGGAUCAGACAGGGUUGUCGUUUUGGAAAGCAGGCCAACAGAAAAUCCUACUGCACACAGCAAUCUCUACAUCUUGGCUGGACAUGAAAAUAGUUACUAAGCAACAGAAACUGAUCUCAAAUGAUAGGAUAAUGAAUAUAUUCCAUAUGAAUGCAAAAUAUUUUAAGGAUAUUUAGUACAAACUGCACUAUGGUUUGCUUCAACUGUUGUGGGUUAUCUCAGUGAUCUGUAUUUUAGGAUAGAAUUCAAUAUUUUCUGUAGCUGGAAACAGCUCUUCUAUCUCUUGCCACUGUGUGGUGGUUAUAUCAAGUUUGCUUAAUAAAAGCUAUGAGACAGAGAGUCCUCUAUUUAGUUCCAGGAAACAGUCUUUUUUUAAAAAAAAUUAUAGUUUGUAACAAGGGUGCCAUAUUUUUAGAUAACAACUUGUGAUUAUCUUCAGAGAGAUAAAUUUAGUGACCCAUAAACCUGACCCAUUGCCACCAAGGCAAUUCCGACUCAUAGCGACCCUAUAGGACAGAGUAGAACUGCCCCAUAGGGUUUCCAGGGAGCAGCUGGUGGAUUUGAACUGCCGACCUUUUGGUUAGCAGCCGAGGUUUUAACCACUGUACCACCAGGGCUCCAGUUUAGUAACAGGUUUCUCAUUUUAUACCAUGUCCUAUUCCUCCUUAAUACCAUGUCCUGUUCCUCCUUAAUGAACGUAAUUUGAUAAAGAAAUUACCAAACAAGGCUUUCAUUUUUACAUUGGCCAUUCUGUAUGUUUUUGUAAAAUAGAAUAUUUAAUCCUUAUUUAUUAAUCUCUUGCUGGAGUGGUGUAAUGUAUCUAACUUUUAGCAAAGGAGGGUUGCAGAGCAGCUUAAAUUUUUUUGUAAUGUAUAAAAAGUUUACCUUUUAGGAGUAGUACUUCAAGGGGUUGAAGGCAGUGUGUUUGGGGGUUCAAUACAUCCAUGCAAUUUUGUUUAACAAAAGUAUCUUGUAAUUUCAUGCAGAAUUGCCUUAAAAGGGAGUUUCAUGUUUUCAACUUCUAAUAGUUGUAGGGGGUCAUACAGAAGAUAUUGAUGACGGUUGAAAUAUUGGAAGGAAUAUAUAUGUCUAGGUGUGACUACCAUGCGUAUGUACUCUUGACAAGCAGUAUACUAUACCUGUGAUUUUUUUUUACAUUAGGGAUAAUGCAUAAGAAAUUAAUCUUCAUAUAUAUUAUCAUCCCUAAUGUAGGAGAAAAAAGUAUUUAACUGUCCAUGAUAUGUAUUUUACUUAUAGUAUACCAGAGGGAAUAACUGUAAAGCAACUACACGUGUAAUCAUGGGGUUUUCACAUAUGUAGUUACUCAUUUUGAGUAGGUUUAAGGAAAAAGAAAAACUUUAAAUGAAAUUGAAUUCCUGAAAGGAUAAGAUAAGUAAGUAUUAUAAAAACCAGUAUUCAAAAAAUAGGAGAGGAUAGGGCCAUCUUUGGGUUUGUUUUACUUGUGCUAUUGUUAUGUUAGUAUUUAAAAUUCAAGUGUCACAUUGGUACCUGCUGUCUUAAUGAGUUUAUUUAGUUAGCAUUGAAAUGCUGAAUAAGGGAUUAGCAAUAGCAGCAGUCUACAGAUUUUUUCUGACCAGUUACUUGAGGGAAAACAGUAUAACUAUCUCAUUCAAUCUUUUACCAGUUUUGUAAAAAUAAGUAUUAUCAUCAUCUCCACUUUUCAGACAAGGAAAUAUAGGCUUAGCAAGGUUAAGAGACCUAACUCAAUUCACACAGCAAGUUAGUGGUUGAGCCAGACCUUGAGUCUUCUGACUCUGUUCUUUUCACUAUGCAAUAUGCAAACAAAAUGUUGUACAAAUGCAGUAUUAAGUAUUUGUCCUUAAAAAUGCACAUAUGAUAUGAUUUCAGUAAGUAUGUGGCUGUUUAUUUUGGAUAUGUUAAAUGGGGCCUCUGGAUUGAGGGACACUGGAUACAAUAGAUGGCAGGGGGGCCAUAGUCAAAACAGGGAACACUUACAUACUGGAUACAAAGACCAACAGCCUCCUCUCACUCAGUCCUGGCAGCCAGAUCUUCACAAUCCUAUAAAAAUAUUGGAAGGCUCUUUUCUGUGAAAUCUGAGCAAACGCAAGUGGAAAUACCUAAGAUCCUGAUGUCAGAAGUGUCCUGGCUAAAUGGCCCAGCUAGGUAACUGUACAGUGAAAGUCACAGUUUAUAUGCCCACUACCCUGGUGUCCAGGGCUUGCAGUUAGUCUUUUAGUCCUGUGCUAUUAAAAAUGAGCAAAUAAUCAAGUUAUAAGACAUCUGAGAAAGCCUCUAACAUGAAAGAGAAAAAAAGCAGAGGAAACAGACUACACAGAGUAAAGAAAAAUGUCAAAAAAAAAAAAAAAACUCCUUCAGAAAAAUGUUGCUACCAUGAAUCAGGAUAGUAAAAAAGGAUCAUUGAAAAAUAAAGAGUUCUUGGGGAAAAAAAUGUGAUAGCAUAACUGCAUAAUUUGAUACAAGGUUCAGAAUAUAAACUUGAGGAAAUUUCUUAGAAAGUAGAACAAAAAAGACAAAGAAAUGGGAAUAUUGGAGGAAAAGUUAAGAAAAUUAACAGUCCAGGAAGCCCAAUAUCCAAUCUCCCAGAGUUCAAAGAGAAAGAACAGAAAGCAGAGGGGAACAAAUCAACAGUAUUUCAAGAAAUUUUUCUAGAACUGAAGAACAUCUGAUCCUAGAUUGAAAGAACACAGUGAAUGUAAUAGAUCUGUACCAAAGCACAUCAUUGUGAAAUUUCAAGAACAGCGGGGUCAAAGAGAAAAUCUACUGUUUCCAGAGAAAAUGGGCAGGUCGAUACCAAGGAAUAAGUAUCAGAAUAGCUUCAAAUUUCAACAGAAGCAAUGCCUUCAAAUUUUUGAAAGAAUUAUUUGCAACCUAAAAUUCUGUUAUCCAGUAAAGUAUUAGUAAAUGUCAGGGUAAAAAAGGGCAUAAACUAAGUAAAAUGAAGGCAUACGAUACAGAAAAUGGGAUUCAGCAUAAGAGAGAGAUAAAGGAAAUCCCCAGGUGAUGGUGGGAUAUCCAAGGAUGACCACUACACCAGACAUAGAGAACAUAUCGGGGAAAGGUAUCAGAAGCUCUGUAUUUUAAGAGACACCUCAGUAUCUUAAGAGACAACUACCAAAGAGGGAAAGAUUCCUUCUAAAUCAGAGCCUGAGGCAAGAACAUCGGUACAGGUAGUUUAUUUGAGAGACCCCAGAAAAUAGGGACAUCUGAGAAUGGGAAGGCGGAAGAGUCAAUAUAGGAGUACAUUAUCGAAGUCAUUGCUGUGUCGACAAAAAGAGCUUGAUUUUACUAGGUCCUCUGAGAAGCAUACCUCUCAGAAUUGUCUCCUGAAAGACAAGUGGCUGGAGCAUUUAUCCACAGACUUCCCCUCCCCUCAAUUGAGAGUUGCUGCCAGGGGCAUUAUCUCCUGAACUACCAAGCUGCAGCUUGCACCUAAGACAAGUAGACUCCUUCAGUGUCAGAGAAGUCCCUGAGGCAGCACACUGAAAAAUAGUAUGAGUCCGAGCUCACACUGAACUGUCCACUGCCUUUGUGGCUAAAAUCAGAGGUGGGCGGAGGGGAUGUUAUUCAAGGCACCAGGAUUCAGUCAGUGUUGAUGUUGAUUCUAAGCAUAUACUUAACUAAGACUUAAAUCUAAUAAAACUGGCAGGAACUCCAGGGAAGCAAAAUGUUAGGAAAAAAAGAAAAAGUAAUCUAUGACUGUGGUUGAAUGGCAUAAUAAUGUUAACGUUAUUAAUCUGAUCAGAAUUACAGCAAUUAUAGUGGAAGAGGACAUGGUGUUGUGGAGGUGAGGUAGAAAAGUGAUCUAAAUCCUCAUCUUCCAUAGUGGGUAUUCAAUGGAUAAUAUCUAAUUUCUCCAGCUAGCAACCUGCAGAAGAGAGCUUGUCCAGUGGCAAGUGAAUUCCAAAGGUCCAAGAAAUUGUCCCACACUAAUCCUAGCAAAAGGAGUUGUGUUCUAGAUUUUACAAAGAAUUUCAGACUGUUCCAAAUGGAUCUUACUUAGAAGAAAAGCAAGAAAUACUAAGAAUUUACUAUGUUGACAACAAGAAUGAGUCAAAUAUUCUCACUGUCACCACUUGUUAUUCAUUGUACUUGUGGCCGUAGCCAGUUUAAGAAAACUAAGAAAAAGAAAAGAUAAAAGGAUUUGGAAAGGAAUAAAACUACUAUUUUUACUAGAAUUUAUAAUUGAAUUUAGAAAAGCAGCUAGAUGCACUGUCAAUAUAAAAACUAAUUACACAUCUAUAUACCUGCAAUAAAAUAAAAAAUUGCAAGUAUACUGUUCAUAAUAUAGAAAACCAUUAAAUACCUAAGAAGAAAUACCUAAAAGAUGCAAGGUCUCUAUGCUGAAAACUAUAAAAUGUCAAUGAACGAAAUUAAAGAAGACCUAAAUAAAUUGCAGAUUUAUGCCAUGUUAAUGAAUUAGAAAAUAAGAUACUAUAAAAACGUCAAUUUAAAGAUUCAGUGUGAUCCCCAGCAGAUAUUUUUGUUGAAAUUGUAAGUUGAUUCUAAAACAUAUAAAAGGUAAAGGGUCAGGAAUAGUCAAGGAAAUCUUGAAGAAAAACAAACCUAGGGGAUUUAGACUAUCAAGAAUGAAUGCAAUACCACUACAAAAAAAAAAAAAAGAAGCACAAUGCAAUACUUGUGUAUGCCCACCAAAUGGC